AGCCGAUGUAAACAUCACACAGAAGUUUCCUUGUUGGAGCGUCAAAUGUAAGGUGAUCAUAAAACUCAUAGAUUGAUGUCUGAUUAUUGAAGAAUUCACAUGCCAUUGGGAAGUUGAGUACGAUGGAACCGAUUUUAUGGAUUCCAGCGAUUUUGGCUGGGAUGACCUCGUGGUUGUACAUUUUAUCGGUCAACAUUCCAGAGUUAGGAACAAGCAGCACUCAAAAGAGUGAACUGAAGUUCCCUACCUCACUGGAAGAUUUACAGUCGGUGUCCAACUUAUUACUGAUGUACAAAGAGGAGCACUUUCUCUAUGUUCUAGUCUUAUUCUGCAGUGCAUAUAUCUAUAAACAAACAUUUGCUAUCCCUGGAUCAGUUUUCAUGAACCUGUUGGCAGGAGCUCUGUUUGGGGUGUGGAAAUCAUUUCCUCUUGUCUGUCUCCUCACAGCGACAGGGGCCACAUGUUGUUACAGUCUGUCUAAAUACUUUGGCAAACAAUAUGUCAUGAAAUAUUUUCCAGACAGAGUAAAAUUUAUGCAGGAAAAGGUAGAAGAGAAUUAUGACAGCUUGUUUUUCUUCCUUUUAUUUCUACGAUUUUUUCCUAUGUCUCCAAACUGGUUUUUAAACCUGGCAUCUCCAAUACUCAACAUACCUGAACAUAUGUUCUUUUUCUCAGUAUUUAUAGGUUUGAUGCCAUAUAAUUUUAUCUGCGUACAGACGGGGAGCAUGUUGUCUCAAAUCAACAGCAUGGAGGACAUCUUUACAACAGGAACUUUUAUUAAGUUGGCAGGGAUUGCUCUAGUAGCUCUUGUGCCAAGUUUUAUUAUGAAGAAGCUAAAGAACAAAAAACUCAAGUCAAUGUAACAAUAACAUUGUUUUAGAUGUAUUUAAAUGUUUGAGAUAAAUAUGUAAAUGAAAACAA